AAUGAAUUAAGUGAAAGGAUAUAUAAAUAUCACAAAAAGCAUUGCAUCAUAAAUAUAGACAAUAAAAAAAGUAAAUACAGUUUCUAAGCUUCAAAAUAAUGAUUAUCUAGUUUCAAUGAUAAUAUCUAAGAAAAAUAUCGCAGAAAAUUCUUCUCUUGAUUACUAAAAUUUGUAUUAAUUAAAGGAGGAUGGAUUUCAUUUACUUUAAAGAGGUAGUGUAGUCUAAUAAAACUUAUUGACAUCUUAUAGCAAUGAUAAGGAGAGAUUUAUUAAAUAAUAGUAAAUAACAGAUGAAUCUGAGAAGCCAAGAUAAGUUAUUGAAAUACAUGAAUCAGGUAAACUAUUAUUCAGUAUAAACACUUAAAAAUAUCAUGAGGAGAUAUUGAAUAAUGAGAUGGUUGGAGAGCCAUUUAAAUGGAACAAAAAAAAUAAUAAAGUUUUGUAUUUAGCAAAAGGAAAAAGCAAAGAAACAAAGACAUUCUUUUAGGUAGAAAAGGAGGAGGAAAUAUAACAAGCGUGGAAUUACAGGAAAUAUGAAUAAAGUUGGGGUGAAAGGAUGGAUAAUGUGGAGAUAUUCUAUCUAUUUAUGAUCGAUAUUGAAUAACAAAAACUUUUUAAGGUAUAGACUCCAGGCAAUUUAUUUUUAACUUAUCCAUAGUUUACAGAAAAUGAUGAAAUAAUAUUGGGUGGUUAUUAAAUCCAUAAAGAAUUUAAAUAUGGAAUAGUUCAUUGUUUUAACAGAGAAAGUGGAAUAUAUCUUAUAGAGCAUCCAAAAUUAUUAGAAUUACCUGAGAAAGGAGAGAAUUUGGAUGAAUAAUAAUUACAAUUAUUAUCAAAGCAUGAUAUAUCUGUUAAACCACUUAUUAGUCCAGAUUAUAAAAAGCUUUUAUAUUUAGGAUCAGAUUAUAAACACUAACAUUUAUGUUAUUUAAGUUUGAAUAUGAUAAAUUUGGAUAAUAAGUCAGUCGAAGAAUUAAUUGGAGUAAGAAAUGAAAAUGAUUUAAAAGAAGUGAGAGAGAAAAAGGAGAAAAGGGAUAAAAUUAUUGGGGGAAUUUGUGGUUUUUAUGAUGAUUUAUCAUUAAACUUUUGGAAUAAGGAUUCAACUCAUUUUGUCUAUUCUUCUAUAGUUUUGGGACAAUAAAAAAUAUUUUGUAUAGAUGUAAAUACAAAAUAAAUAGAGAUUUUAAGUCAUAAAGUAGAAUAAGAUGUAACACACAAUUGCGAAAUUAUUAAUUAUGAUCAAGAAAAUGAUAUCUUAUAUUAUACUGAUGAGAAUAUUAAUUAAUCCCCAAUUUUAACUGCAAUAAUUAAUGCCAUGGAUAAACAAAGAAAAUAUAUACAAAAUUUAGAACAUUUUAAUUUAAAAGUUUCAAAUAAAUUUAUUGAAGAAUUUGUUUUUAGUGAAGAGGCAGAAGGAUUUGUUUGGUAGGUAAAAGAAGAGGAAGAAAAAUUUGAAUUACCAAAAUUCUUUAAACAAAGACCAUUAAUCGUUUUAGCACAUGGGGGACCACAUGGAACAAUAUAAAGUUAAUAUACUUAAUUAAGACAUAUUUUGUUAUAAUAAGGGUUUAUUUUAUUAGCUCCAAAUUUUAGUGGGUCAUGCGGUUAUGGAUAGAAUUUCAUUGAAGCUUUGAGUGGAAAAAUUGGAGAAUAAGAUGCAAAAGAAAUAUUGGAUAUGAUUAGUUAAGUUUAACAGAAAUAUAAUACAGGCAAGACAUUUAUUAUGGGAGGUUCUUAUGGUGGCUAUCUAAGUGCUUUGAUGGGGUCCAGAUAUCAUGAUAGAUUUAAUGCUGCUGUGAUAUUGAAUCCUGUUGUUAAUUUACCAUUCAUGAUUAAUAUAACAGAUAUUCCAGAAUGGGGUUCAUCUUGUGCAUUGAACAGAAAACAUACAUGGAAUCUUAGUGUUGAAGAUUAUAAAACCUUAAUUGAAAGAUCUCCAAUGUUAUAACCCCUAAGAGUUCCUUCAUUAUUAUUAAUAGGUUCCAAAGAUAGAAGAUGUCCUUUUCAAUAAUCAUUAGCAUUGAGAGCUCAAGCAUUAGAAGUUGGCACAGAAGUGUAAACCUAUGUUUACCCAAAUGCUGAUCAUGCAUUAGCAGAUAGUGUCAAUACUGGAUAUGAUACAUUCUUGAAGAUCCUAAUGUUUUUAAAUGAGAAAUUAUGAU